AUGGCCACAGGAGAAAAAUAUAUAUAUCUGGAAGUUUUGCGCAUUGACACCAGCACCCUUGCAGAAUGGGAUAGGGAAGAUAAAUCCCACAAGAGAGAGGCUACUAGCAGUGACAACACAAGUGUAGGGUGGUCAACAUCAGCAACACUAUGUGACAACAGCCGAGCACUCAAUGGCUUGGAUUGGUAUAUAUCCCUGAGGGACCCAAGGGUUUUUGGUUCACUUUUGAACCUCAGAUAUACCAAUUGGUUGCACAUCGAGAUUUCAUCUGCUGGUGGUGGUCACAAAGGUAGUACCAACCAAGGAUCCUAUAGUGAUGGUGGCGGCAGACAGCAAGUGAAAGCUGUAAACCUGCAGAAGCCAACUGGUUCUAACUUGUACUAUGAUGAUGACACCAUUUCCACCUUUGGUAGCAACUCGCAAUCUGGUGGUGGUGCCAGCAAUGGAGAUGUCUUUGAGGCCUUAGGGAUAAGAAACAUGUGGAUAUGGCAGUGCCCACCUGUUCCUAAGGCUAAUUAUACUUUGGUCAACUGUUACAUUAGCAUACAAGAUGAUGAGAAACAUGUUGAGUCACUGCAGGGUACUACUACUAGACAGUUACCAAGGGAUACAACUCUGCCAUGUUUUGUGAAUCAGGACGCUAAGACCCUACACUUGCAUGAUUGCUUGUCCAUCACCUGUCUCCCAGGCCCUACACCUACUGCUGAAGCAGAAUUGGAUUGGGAUGAACUAAAAUGGUGCCGACUCGAGAGAUGCCCCAACUUAGAAGGUGUUGUUUUCACUGCGCCUUCACCAGGGCAGGAUGGAGACGACAUUUUCGAAUAUCUGGAGACAUUCUGGGCAUCCCAACUCCCAAAGGCGCGCUACAUCUGGGACUGGAGCAUAUCAGCAUUUCGGCCUGGUGAACAUUCCUUUGAGUAUCUUACGUUCUUACACCUGGAUUAUUGCCCCAGGCUGGUACAUGUACUCCCUCUGUACACCGCAAAUACAAACGGAUGUUGUGAACUGGAAACCCUUGAGAUCGUGUGCUGCAGUGACCUCAGGGAAGUCUUCCCAUCUGAUUUAGAACUGCAGCAGCAGCAACCAAGAAGAUUUCCUACACUGAAGCGCAUCCACCUAUAUGAGCUACCCAAGCUGCAGCGCAUCUGUGGGCAAAGGAUGUUGGCGCCCAAUCUCGAGACCGUGAAGAUCAGGGGAUGCUGGGGCCUCAAGCGCCUACCAGCUGUUCGGGUUGCGGUAGGGUUGGACUGGGAGAAGGAAUGGUGGAAGUGGGACUUCACGGCGCCGUCAAUGGUGGACUUGGACUGCGAGAAGGAAUGGUGGGACAACCUCGAGUGGGACGGGGAAGAGGCUGGCCACCACCCUUCCCACUACAAGCCCACCUAUUCAGCGUACUACAAGAAGAACCUGCUCCGAGCCUCCGUGCUCAGGUAA